AUGAAGUUUCGGAGAAAAAGGGCUAAGAAGCUGGAGAAUACACCACGAGGGAGCAUCUCCGCGUCGCGGAUCCAAAAUGCGUUGUGUCAGGUUUGCACACAGGAAGGUGACCAGGACUUGGUAGAGCCUUUAGCUGAACUGGAGAGAUUUGUUCAUUACCGGAGAAGGCAAAGAAGACUCACUUAUCCUGUUCUUCUUGUGGCUAGUGAAUCAGAAACUUCAAAAGAAAGGACGGAUCAAGACCCACCGAUAGUAAUGGCAGAGAUGAAAGUGAGGGAUGUGGCAAUCCCACAAACCACCAAUGUUACCUCCAGUAUUCUGAAACAUGCACCUGGUGGGGUGUUUGAAUUGAAGCAGAACAUGGUGCAAUUAUUGCACACUAACGGGCAGUUCACUGGUUUAUCUCAUGAGGACCCACGAGUGCAUAUCCAAAAUUUCCUCGAAAUUAGUGACACAUACACUCCAAUGGGAGUGAACACUAAUUAUGUGAGGCUCACAUUAUUCCCCUUUUCUCUGCUGGGGGAAGCAAAAAGAUGGCUGAACUCUGAGCUUGCAAAUUCCAUAACAACUUGGGAUGAUCUUGCCCGAAAGUUUUUGAUAAGGUUUUUUCCAUCCGGUAAAACAGCCAAGUUGAGAAGCGACAUAUUAAGCUUCCGACAGAAAGGAGGGGAAAACUUGUACCAGGAUUGGGACAGGUUUAAGUCCCUGCUGCUAAGCUGCCCACAUCACCACCAAGCUAAUGAAGUAUUGGUCCACACUUUCAUUGAAGGGUUGGAACCAAACACAAAAAUUUUACUUGAUUCUGCUACAGAUGGACAAGCUUUGGAGAAGACAUAUGCUGAGCUGUUUACAUUACUUAAUAGAAUUUCACAGGGUAACCCCGAGUGGAAUGGCGGAGGAGCUAAACCGGUCGUACAAAAGACUGCUAGAGUGUUGGAAAUGGAUGCAGUGAUAGUUUUGUCGGCACAUAUCGCAACAAUGCAGAAUAUGAUGACUACUCAUUUCAGCAACAUGUCACUAGGACAACAACAAGCCCAAGUUAAUGUGGUACAUCAACCACAAGCUUGGUGUGAAGUAUGUGGAGGUGGAGAUCACAGAGCCGAGAGCUAUGGAAAUACCUACAACCCGAGUUGGAGGAACCACCCAAACUUUUCAUGGGGUGGCUAUCAAAACCAACAUCAAGGACUCAACCAAUACAGACCACAGAGUAGUGGACAACAGUACCAUCAGCAAAGCCAUGAAAAUCAGCAAAAUCUUGAGGGUUUGCCGGGAAAUACCGACCCAAAACCGAAGCAGGUAAAUGUUGUGAGCACUCAGAGUAGUCGUCCAUUGGAGGAGUUGAUGCCAAAGGAAAAAGUAGAUGAAGAAAAAGGAACACAUGUAGAUGAAGCAAAAUCAAGUGAACAAAGGGUGAAUGAGGAACCAAAAGUAAAAGCACCUCCUCCCUUCCCACAGAAAUUCAGGAAACAAAAGGAGGAGGAAUGUUUUGGUAAGUUUAUUGAAUUUCUUAAACAGGUACAUGUUAACUUGUCUUUGAUAGAUGUGUUGCAGGGCAUUCCUAAGUAUGUCAAAUAUGUGAAAGAUGUGGUAGCCAAUAAGAGUAGGUUGGUUGAAUAUGCAACAGUGGCACUCACAGAGGAGUGCAGUUCUAGUAUCCAGAAUAGGCUCCCAAUUAAGUUGAAAGAUCCAGGAAGUUUCACUGUUUAG